ACCUAACCUACACGUAGUACGCUACUCGUAGUACGCUACACGUAGAUGGAGUGGUUAUAUUAAUAAUUGUUAACGAAUGUUAUUUAGAAUAAGUUUCAUUAAUACAUAUAUAGUGAUCGAUUAUAAUUAUUGUGGAAGUCGUCAUGGAGCCCCAAGAUAUUUAUUACAAUAUUGCUGAAUACGUCGAGACGGCAUCAGGAAAUAAAGUGAGUAGACAGACUGUUCUGUGUGGAUCACAGAAUAUAGUGUUACAUGGAAAGGUAAUAGUGCAAUCAGAUGCCAUAAUCAGAGGGGAUUUAGCAAAUGUAAAGGUUGGUCGGUAUUGUAUUAUUAGCAAGAACGCUGUGAUACGACCACCUUUCAAAAAAUUUAGUAGAGGGGUAGCCUUCUUUCCGUUAACUAUGGGUGAUCAUGUAUUUGUCGGAGAAAGAGCUGUUGUCAAUGCUGCUCUUGUCGGUUCAUAUGUAUACAUCGGAAAGAAUGCAGUAAUAGGGAGACGUUCAAUACUAAAGGAUUGUUGUUACAUUGAGGAUGAUGCGGUAGUACCACCAGAAACAAUAGUUCCAUCUUUUACUAGAUUUUCUGGAAGUCCUGCUGUAUGUAUAGAGGACUUACCUGAAUGUACUCUAGAUCUAAUGUUAGAUUUUACUAAGAAUUACUAUCAACACUUUUUACCAGCACGAAUGUAAUAUAUAUGUGUAUAUUAUUA